GUGCGAGGUAAAGGUUGAUGUUGUGGGCAAAGCCGGGGCGCUCCUCCGCUCGUCGUUUUAGCAGUACCACCAGCAGCUAGUUUAGUACUGGCUGAACGCGCGUUCGGAACACACUCACACUCACCCACCUACCUACCACAUUCUCAUUACAUACGUUGUUCAUCGUUUUUUUUUGUUUUUGUUUUGUUUUCUGAAACGCUCGACCUCUCACCGCGUUACUGUUGCACGGAUUGGACUAAUUACUAGAUAGACCGUGGCCCGUCGUCAUCCAUCCAAGUGCGCGCAAUGGGGAAUAAACUGUGCAAGAAGAGGGUCGAUCACGUCGACAGCAGCAGUCCCAAGCCCAAAACACCGACGCCCUUCAAUAGGAUUAUAAACAAAUUCAGCUUGAAGCCGAAAUGGAAGUCGGCGGACAAUUUGGAAGAGAAACAGGUCCAAAGUUACGAUGUGAACGCGAUGAACGAAAAGAACGAGAAUCCUGGAAGGCCACCACGUCCCCUCUCCAGAUCGACCACAUGGACGGAAGUCGAGCUGGAGGUGCCGGAGAAGAAGAAAGAGAGCAUCUUCAACGAGAAUUCCACUCCGAUUCCACCGCCGAGGAAACACAAGAAGGGAAUCCGCGAGAAGUUGGAGUCGGUGGCGAAGAGCAGUCUUCAGGCAUUCCAGAACAAGAAGCCGGUGGAAGAGCCGCUCUGCGUCAAGAAGAUUAUCAACUACACGUGUCCGUGCGGCGAUCCCAAUCACAAGAAGAACCAUAAACACGAGGACGUGAACAAGGAUGUCGCAGGUCUUAAGGAGCAGGCGAGGAAGAGAAAAACGCCUUCCGUUGCCUCCUUACCCAACUACAACGAGUUCAAGCUGAGCAUCGCCGGUGAAACCAACGUGGAUUCGGAUAGACACAGCUCGGCGCAAUCUCUGCCCGACGACUCGAAGAAGUCCUCGACGAAAUCCUCAGCGGAUAAGUUGGACAACUACUUGACCAGAGCCAGGAGUUUCGGGUCUCUGCUUCCGCAGAUGCUCCUUCAUAAGUUGAGCACGGCGAAAGCUCCGUUGGCCGAAAUCGAGAGCGACGAUUCUCUGAACGGUCUCGACGAUUGGGGCCUGAACAUGAUCGAGCAUUACAAACCGAAAGACUCGAGCUUACCGCGACCUCGUCGAAACGACGUCGACAAUCUCGCCGAUUUGGAGAGCAUGAUCGUCGCGACGGACGACGAAACCACCCCGAUCGCCCCAACCAGAAGAUCCGAGUCUCUGCUGAAGAGGAUCAACAGGGAAGGCAACGAGAGCGCCAAGCAAAGAACUAAUGGUCACCUGGAAGGAUCCAUCGAGAGAUCUCUCAGCGUGACGCCACCUCCUUCACCUGAUGAAAGGGACUCAAGGAAACCCAGAAUACCAGCAGAUCAGCUUCCUUUAAUCGAAAACGGCGUCGUCGAACACUCCAACCUCAUGAAGAUCCUCGAGGAAUGCAGCGAAAAAAACCAGAACAACAAUAACAACAACACAACAACAAUAAGCACGCAGCCUAUAAACGACUUUCUGAACGCCGAAAGAGCCGACUACAAUUUCAACAAAAUCUCACAGCAGAACGCGAUCGUCACCUGAAAUCAUCUACAACCUUUUGCACAAUCAACACAAAGUCUCCUUUUUUUUUUUCCUAACAUGAAAAGCAAUCAAAAUUUACAAUGUGAUACAACUUAAUUGCAUGAAACAAAGCUAAUGUAAAUGCAAUUUACAUGUUA